AGGCUGCCCUAGUAAUAGUGGCGGGUUGUAGUGUCUCUAUCGAAGUGUCUCUAGGGAAAACUCUCUCUGUAUAGCCCACAACACUCUCAUCAGCUCCAGACAGUGACAUACAGUCUCUCCUCUGCAAAGAUGAACCUCUUCUGCUUCUCUCUGGAGGGCUCCAUGGACAGUCUGUAUGAGGCUGUACAGGAUUCCUGCGAUGCCCCAGUCUACACCAUUCCCAGCCGCUCCUCCAGCCGCUCCUGUAGCCGCUCCUGUAGCCCGGCUGUUUUGCUGGACCAAAACCCCAAGUGGACAGGCUCGGGAAGAUCCAUCUCCAUGGAGAUCUCCCAAAUACAGAACAACACCAAAAAGAAGAUAAGAAGAAAACAUUUACCGAAGUCAGCAUCGGAAAAUGUGACAUUGGAUCACUCCUGUGCUGAUACGACUCUAUGGCUGCCUACCAAAGUCCCUCCAGAAGAAGAUUUAGAUUUAGUGCACAUUAAGAACAGUCAAAAUGAAGAGAUGGUGAGAACUGAGGUCCAGGCCAAAAGUGGAAGAGGACACAAGUCCAAGACGAAUGAAAAGCCACCAACCCCCCCAAAACCACCAAAUCCGGUGGUGAGUUAUGAGGGGUGGGCUCAGAACCCAAAUCGGCCCAAUAGCAGGCAGAGAGACCUGAUUGUCCAUGCCAGUGGAGAAGUGGCAGAGCCCAAAGGGACCAACAAAAGGAAUCAGAAGGCUGGGAGUCAGAAACCUGGGAAAAAGGGGGGAGCGAAAAAUGGAAAAGAAGCCAAGAGGAAUAUGGACACCACUCGACAUAAGGAACUCAGUACAUCUGCCGCUAACAGUGACAUUCACGGGCCCCACCCAGAGCCCGCCCAUGUGAUUGAGGGACCAUAUCUGGAUGUGGUCCGGAGGUCAGCUCCUGGUUGUGAGUCUGUCCAACCAUCAGCCCAGGAGAAUGCCUCCAAAACCCCACGGGCCAUGGAGCUCAGCAGUGGACCUGGGGCUCCGGCCAGGAAUCAGCGCUGGAGUAACCCAGCUGAGAGCACCCCGUCCUGGGGGACGUCCUACCACAUCUGCCACAGGCCCCUGACAGAGUACCGCGUCUAUGCCAAUGACUACACCCUGCCCCGAACCAAGGACCAGGAAAGGCACCAGGGGCCAAUCCAUGACGGGAGACUAAAACGAAACACCUUGCUCCAGGGUGUCUCCCGCUCUGUCACUGAUGUUGACCUCAGCGACCCCAAUCGCUCCACCAGCUUCGGACGCUUUGAGGCCAUCAGACAUCAACAAUCACCAACCAGACUGGAGGAAAAUGGAACCGCGGUGGCCGAAGAGUCUGAAUGUGACAUUUGUGAUCAGACCAAACAAGGCAGCCUGGGGAAAAAGAUGAAGGCCAUCUCCCUGACAAUGCGUAAGAAGAUGGGCAAGAAGAACUCCAAACCAUUCUAUGCAGAAACUAGUGAGGACAUUGACCGAGAUCGACAAGGGGAAACAGAAAGCUGUCCUCCUUUAGAGAAAGGCUCUGAAAAGACCAGCAACUCCCUGGAGAGUCUCUACAGUGGACAGAGCUCUUCCAGUUCAGGUGGUGUGGCCAGCGUAUCAGACGGCUCCAGUGCCCGAGACAGCCUGAGAAUGGAGGAGGAUCGCUCCUACAACGGACACUUCUGUGGAAGAGCGCGGGUCCACACAGACUUCGUUCCCAGUCCAUACGACACUGACUCUCUCAAACUGAAGGUUGGAGACAUUAUCAACAUCAUUAGUAAGCCUCCUAUGGGGAUAUGGACAGGGAUGCUGAACAACAAAGUGGGCAACUUCAAGUUCAUCUAUGUUGAUGUGCUUAUGGAGAAAGACACAGAGGAAGAGGAAGAGGUGGUGCCAAUCAGACCUCAGAGGAUGAGCAAGAGACCACGACCAAAAACACUACAGGAGCUACUAGAGCGCCUUCACUUAGAGGAGUACGCGUCUGCACUGCUACUCAACGGUUACCAGACCGUAGAGGACCUGAAGCACUUGCAGGAGAAACACUUGAUAGAGCUGAACGUGGCCGAUCCGGAACACAGAGGAAGGCUAUUGGCUGCUGCUGACUGCAUAUAUAAAGAGAGCGAUGAUAUAAUGGAUAGCGAGGAGGCCUCUUCACAAAGCCUGAAGGAAGAGAAGAGUGACUGUCCUAGAGACUCAGGCUGCUUUAUUACAUCAGAGGGCUCCGACAACAGCAAAGAGGAAACAGAAAGCCAACACACACAAAUUAUACAUUGAUACUAUCCUAAUUAACAUAUGGUUACAAAACGUUUGUUAACUAUUCUGUUAUGACAUGUAAAUUAUGAUGGCCCCCCAUUGUUUUUUUUUCUGUGUUUUGUUUUCCACGUGAUUUCAUUAAUUAAAAUAUAUUUAUUGUUUUUGAACUUAUUAAUUUGUUCCUAUAUAAGCCUUCAUAUAUGCACCUUUUCAGUAACCUAUUAAUUUACAUGAAGUUUUCAAGAUUUCAAUCCUUUUUUUGUGUAUUUUGGUGUAAACAAAUUGUUUGGGUGCAACCGCAAAUGUACAUACUUGUAGAACUCAAAAUAAAUGUUAAUGUCACAAAAGAAUAAAAUAUUUAUGCAUCAAGAA